UCUACAUCUUUUUUCCUUCCACUAAAUUUCAAUCAAGAAUCAAGAUGAAUUUGUUGCAGGACUUUGCUGCUUUCUUUCUCAUUUUGAUCUUGCAUUCUUCGUUAUCUGGGCCAGCAUUAGCACACCAAGUAACAUUCUAUUUACACAACAAAUGCCCCUUUCCAGUAUGGCCAGCAACUGCCUCCAACACAGGCCAUCCUGUUAUAGCCCGUGGAGGAUUCUACCUUCCGUCGGGCAAAAUACAGCGCGUAGAUGCCCCAUGGGAUUGGACCGGUCGAAUUUGGGCUCGAACGGGCUGCAACUUCAACUCUAACUGGCAACCCGCUUGCGAAACAGGCGAUUGCGACGGACGACUAGAAUGUAACGGACUAAUAGGCACACCACCAGCUACAUUAGUACAAAUAUCUCUCCAAGCCGACAAAAGACAGCCAAAUUUCUACGAUAUUAGCUUAGUUGAUGGAUACAACAUUCCUAUUUCAAUCACAAAUAAGCAAUUAUCGCCAAAAUGCACCAUUAACGGGUGCUUAAAAAGCUUAUUAAAAUCGUGUCCGUAUGAAUUACAAGUUGUUAAUGACAAUGGGGAUGUUGUUGCGUGCAAAAGCGGUUGCUUGGCUUUCAAUUCGGACUCAUUUUGUUGUAGGAAUGAGUAUGGAACUCCGCAAAAAUGUAAACCAAAUGUCUACUCAAAGAUAUUCAAGGACGCUUGCCCCAAUUACUAUAGCUACGCCUUUGAUUCACCUUCUCCUUUGGUUAAUUGUGCAUCUAAUGAGUAUGUUAUAACAUUUUGCCCUUCAUCAUGGGGUGCUGGUGAUCCUAUUGAGAGUAUAUAAGAUUGGAUGUGGGUUCAGUUUGUUUUUUAAUUAGAUUAUAAAGGAUGGCUGUCUAUAUUAUUAAUUUAAAUAGGCCUCAACUUUACUUUAUUAAAUAAAUGAAUUUCUUUGUUA